GCCUGAUCACCUGCGCGCCGUACAAUCGUUUUCCUGGCCCAAGUCCACCACCACAUUCCCACCUGCACUACUCUUAGCUCUAAUUGUGGCGUCACUCUCGCUACCACCACAUAACCACAUAAUACCCGACGUCGCGCCCACCAUAUAGCCCCGGCGGCUACCCGUAAUCUGCACGAAGCAAAGAGGAGGAAACUGACCUGAACGCGCACGAACCGGAGCACCGCCUGUCCAUCCGUACCGUGGAGUAGGAGCAAUUGCUCACUGAGACUUGACGACACCAUACUGCCGGGUAACUAGUGAAAGAACCACUCGUCAUGUCUCUGAAGCAGGAAAUCGAAACCUGGGUGGCAGCCCUCGCCAGCUACGAUAACAACGAGUUCGACGAGGCAUUAAAGGUCUUCGAGGGCAUCUCCGACACGUCCAAGAUCCUCUUCAACUGCGGUGUCAUCCAUGCGACACUCGGCGAGCAUGAGAAGGCGGUCGAUUGCUACCAGCGCGCUGUGCGUCUGGACCAGUAUCUCGCCGUCGCAUACUUCCAGCAGGGUGUGUCCAAUUUCCUCAUGGGCGACUUCGAGGAGGCGCUGGCCAACUUCAACGACACGCUCCUGUACCUGCGCGGCAACAACAACAUCGACUACGAACAACUCGGCUUGAAGUUCAAGCUGUAUUCUUGCGAGGUCCUGUUCAACCGUGGUCUCUGCUACAUCUACCUGCAGCAGAGGGAUGCGGGUCUGCAGGAUCUAUCAUUCGCUGCGAAGGAGAAAGUGGUUCCCGACCACGACGUAAUUGACGAGGCUAUCAACGAAAACGCAGAGGGCUACACUGUCUUCUCCAUCCCCGUGGGCAUUGUUUACCGCCCCAACGAAGCCAAAGUAAAGAACUUGAAGACCAAGGACUACCUUGGAAAGGCACGCCUGGUUGCCGCGUCGGACCGCGCCAACGCCUUCACCGGAUUCGCCGGAUCUGAGAUCAAGAAGGGUGCAACUGUAGCAAAGGACGACAGACCUGAGGAGAAGCUCUCGUUCGCCGCCACCAACUUGGUAAAGCCGGAGCUCCAGAGCCGAGUACGCCAACAGUCGGAACCGCCCAUGAACCGCAACAUGUUCCCACCGACCCCACCGCCAGAGUCCGACGGCGGCCGGAAAUCCAACGGAAGUGGCGAUGCUCCCGCUCCCAUGAGCCGUGCUCAAUCAGUGCGCGGUGGUGGUCCAAAGCCACAGCCACUGAACCUUGGGCGAGCAGCAUUCGAUCAGCCUGAGCCUCCUCGUCGUCAAGGUACACAACGCUCUGCAUCUGAGCGACCUCCACCAAAUCGCAGCGAGUCUCAGCGGAAUAGGUCGCAGCAGCGUGAUAAUAAGCCGCGUCGUCGUGGAUCUGACGACGAUAUAAUCGACGACUACUACGAGGAUGAUGGCUACAGCCAGCCAUCUCGCGGAAGCCGUGGCCAGUACGCUCGCUCGAAACAAAGCAGACGACCUGCAUAUAUUGAGGAGGAGGACGAAGACGAUUACGACGGUAGCGAUCUCGACGAUGCCGAGUUCGAGAUGAUGUCGCGCUCCAAGUCAAGGAAACGAUCGCCCGCACGCUCUAACCGAUCCGGAGGCAGCAAUCGUGCCAACGUGGGCAGCAAGAUCCGAGUCAAGGUUCAUGCUGGAGACACUCGCUAUGUCUUCAUUGGCCAGGAUACCUCGAUGCGCGACUUCUGCCAACAGAUCAAGGAGAAGUUCGGUGUGCGGAACAACUUCAAGGUCGAGUUCAAAGACGACGGCGACAUGAUCACAAUGGCGGAUCAAGACGAUCUCGACAUGGCCAUCGACACAGCCAAGAGUAUGGCGAGAAAAGAGAACAGCGAUAUGGCGAAACUGGAGGUAAGUCUUCCCCUUCAUACUCAAUGA